AUGUCGUCUUCGAAGCGGAAGCGCGACGCCGGAACCGCCGUGGAAGAUAAUCCGGAUGGUGGAGAAAGUGCCGACGGUGGUGAUAACAGCAAUACCGGCUUCUUCGAUGUAUAUGGACCUGAAGGGAAAGCAGAGCUCGUUUUCAACAGCCCUGAAACAACAUUGAACUUACAAGAUGUGCAGGGACUUGUGACAUGGGUUCUUGCAGAAGGCUAUAUGCCCUCCUGGGUUUUUAUCAAGAACACGCCUCUCAUUCCAAAGGUUGUAAUGCUCUACCUUCCUGGAUUGGAUGCAGCUUUAUACUUAUCACAGUCUAAAGCACUUGCUAGUUUCAAAUCAUGUUGUGGCAAUCCUAUACCGCUUUUAGCUUUGAGCUGUGUAGUUGAUGAGAUGAAGACAGUCGAUACGAUCCUUACUUCCACGGCUAAAAAGAAGAAAACUGUUACUAGCUCAGUGGAACCACCUCUCCCAGUAUCUACACCAGCAUCCGAUAUGAUCAUCGAUAAUUCAUUCGCUGCGCUUACGAAAGACAUACCAUUCCCUGUUACAUACUAUACUCUAACUCGAAAGGAAAUGGAACAAAAUGGGUACACUUUUGAGACAGAGUUUACUUCUACACUUCCUGCACCAUCAGGAUCAUGUCCCCAUGAAAUUUUGGCUCUUGAUUGCGAAAUGUGUAUUACAAAGGAUGGUUUGGAGUUGACAAGAGUGACGCUGGUGGAUAUCCAAGGACAGGUUCUAUUAGAUAAAUUAGUCAAGCCGUCAAAUCCUAUUACUGAUUACAACACAAGGUAUAGUGGAAUAACAGCUGAGAUGAUGGAGGGAGUUACAACAACUAUUAAAGAUAUUCAGGAAGAGUUUGUGAAGCUGGUUUUCAAGGAGACGAUAUUAGUGGGACACUCGUUGGAGAAUGACUUGCUUUCUCUGAAGAUCUGUCAUAAUCUGGUGAUUGACACUGCAGUACUAUACAAGCAUCAACGGGGUGGAUCUCGUGGAUCUUUCAAACCGAAACUUCGAACUCUAGCGCAAAAGUUUCUUUCCAGAGAGAUACAGAUGUCUGAGUCCGGACAUGACAGCUCCGAGGAUGCAAAAGCAGCCUUGGAUUUGGCACUAUUGAAGAUAAAACAUGGACCUGAUUUUGGUUCGCCACCGGAAAUGAUAAGGAAGAAGCUUCUCACCAUUUUGAAUGAGAGCGGGAAAACAACUUCUAUCAUCGACAAUAUCAACAUCGUGAAGCGGUAUGCUUCUGAGUCUUCAAAUUCAAUUCCAGUUUCUUCUGACGACGAAGCCCUUUCAAAGGCCAUCAAGGAGGUAAAGAACAAGCGGUCACAAUUCGUUUGGACACAGUUCUCAGAACUGAAUACACAUUUCCAGAGCAGAGCGGAUGAUCCAGAGAAACUGAAUUCAAGACUAGCAAAGAUGAUCUCGCUGCUUACAUGUAGCGAGAAGAAACCCCGCAAAAGCAGUGUUUCACGUGAAACGAAGGAGAUCUUGAAGAAAAUGGAUGAAAGAGUCCAUGCUCUUCACGCUGCGUUACCAGCAAAUGCAAUGUUUAUAGUUUGCACAGGACAUGGAGACACAUCCAUUGUACACAGAGUGCGGAAAAUGCUUAAAGAUGAGAAAGAAAUCGGGUUUGAACGUGAGAAAGUUGUGAAGGUUCUUGAAGAGCUUCAAGCACAAGCCGAAGUAGCUCUCUGUUUUGUUGGUAUCAAGCAAUAA